ACACGAUCCCAACACACCCGGAAAAACAGCUGAUGUCAUGGACAGGACGAGGCACGACAGAUAAGGGAAACCCUCCUUUCAUCCACUCUCUGUAUAGCACGGCAAGCCCCAGCAUGCUAAAGAGGAAACAGAGCUCACGGGUCGAGGCCCAGCCCAUGACCGACUUUGGGCCGGAUGAGACCCUUGCAGACAGCGCCGACAUCUUCUGGAUCAACAAACCAUGGGUGCACUCCCUGCUGCGGGCCUGUGCCAUCAUCAGUGUCAUCUCUGUUUGUAUGAACACCCCCAAGACGUUUGAGCAUUACCCUCCAUUGCAGUAUGUGACGUUCACGCUGGACACACUGCUCAUGUUCCUCUACACCGCCGAGAUGAUCGCCAAGAUGCACAUCAGAGGAAUCAUCAAGGGGGAUAACUCCUAUGUGAAGGAUCGCUGGUGUAUGUUUGAUGGCUUCAUGGUGUUUUUCAUCUGGGUGUCCCUGGUGCUGCAGGUGUUUGAAAUAGCAGAGCUUGUGGAUCAAAUGUCUCCAUGGGGGAUGUUGAGAAUCCCCCGAGCGCUCAUUAUGAUCCGGGCCUUCAGGAUCUACUUCCGCUUCGAGCUGCCUCGCUCCCGCAUCACCAACAUACUGAAGCGGUCUGGGGAACAGAUCUGGAGCGUCUCCAUCUUCCUGCUGUUUUUUCUCCUGCUCUAUGGAAUUCUGGGUGUUCAGAUGUUUGGGACGUUCAACCAUCACUGUGUCACUAAUGAUACACAGAAAGGGAAUGUGACAUGGAACAGCUUGGCCAUCCCAGACACCCACUGUUCCCCUGAUGGGGAGGGCUACCAGUGUCCUCAUGGCUUCAAAUGCGUGGACCUGGAGGAGCUUGGCCUCAGCAGACAGGAGCUCGGUUAUAGCGGCUUCAAUGAACUAGGUACGAGCAUCUUCACUGUGUAUGAGGCUGCCUCACAGGAGGGCUGGGUGUUCCUCAUGUACAGAGCCAUUGACAGUUUCCCUCGCUGGCGCUCCUACUUCUACUUUAUAACUCUCAUUUUCUUCUUGGCAUGGCUUGUCAAGAAUGUGUUUAUUGCAGUCAUCAUUGAGACAUUUGCUGAGAUAAGAGUGCAAUUUCAGCAGAUGUGGGGGUCAAGGAGCAGCACCACCUCUACCGCUACAACACAGAUGUUCCAUGAAGACGCUGCUGGGGGGUGGCAGCUUGUAGCUGUGGACGUCAACAAACCACAUGGCCGAGCGCCUGCCUGCCUCCAGAAACUGAUGCGAUCCUCCGUGUUCCACAUGUUCAUCUUGACCAUGGUCGCUGUGGACGUCAUCGUUGCCGCUAGCAACUAUUAUAAAGGCGAGAACUACCGCAGGCACUAUGAUGAGUUUUACCUGGCAGAGGUUGCCUUUACUGUGUUAUUUGAUCUGGAGGCUCUUCUGAAGAUCUGGUGUCUGGGCUUCACCGGCUACAUCAGCUCCUCCCUGCACAAGUUUGAAUCUCUGCUGGUGGUGGGCACCACGCUGCACAUCUACCCCGACCUCUACCACUCUCAGUUCACCUACUUUCAGGUGCUUCGUGUGGUGCGUUUGAUUAAGAUUUCCCCAGCUCUGGAGGAUUUUGUCUACAAGAUAUUUGGUCCAGGUAAAAAACUCGGCAGCCUGGUGGUGUUCACAGCCAGCCUUCUCAUCGUCAUGUCGGCCAUCAGCCUGCAGAUGUUCUGCUUUGUGGAGGAGUUGGACCGCUUCACCACAUUCCCCAGGGCAUUCAUGUCCAUGUUCCAGAUCUUAACCCAGGAGGGCUGGGUAGAUGUCAUGGACCAGACUCUGGUGGCUGUAGGUCAUAUGUGGGCUCCGGUAGUCGCCAUUUACUUCAUCCUCUACCAUCUGUUUGCUACCCUGAUUCUGCUCAGUCUUUUUGUGGCUGUCAUCUUGGACAAUCUGGAGUUGGAUGAAGACUUGAAGAAGCUCAAACAGCUCAAGCAAAGCGAAGCCAAUGCUGACACCAAAGAGAAGCUCCCUCUACGACUCAGAAUCUUUGAGAAGUUCCCCAACAGACCUCAGAUGGUGAAGAUCUCCAAGCUCCCGUCGGAUUUCACUGUGCCCAGGAUCAGGGAGAGCUUUAUGAAGCAGUUCAUUGAUCGUCAGCAGCAGGACACCAGUUGUUUGUUCCGGCGUCUCCCCUCCGCUUCAUCCUCCUCCUGUGACCACUCCAAACGUUCAGCCAUUGAAGACAACAAGUAUAUCGACCAAAAGCUUCGCAGGUCAAUAUUUAGUAUCCGAGCCCGUAACCUCCUGGAAAAAGAAAACACCAUCAAUAAAAUCCUGCGGGCUUGUACCAGACAGCGUAUGCUAAGUGGAUCCUUUGAAGGCCAGCCAGCCAAAGAACGCUCCAUACUCAGUGUCCAGCAUCACAUACGGCAGGAGCGCAGAUCUCUGAGACAUGGUUCCACCAGUCAGAGGAUCAGCAGAGGGAAGUCGCUGGAGACACUCACCCAGGAUCAUUCAAGCACAGUGCGCUAUCGUAACGCACAGAGAGAAGACAGUGAGAUCAAGAUGAUCCAAGAAAAGAAAGAACAAGCAGAAAUGAAAAGAAAAGUCCAGGAGGAGGAGUUGAGGGAAAACCAUCCUUACUUUGACAAGCCCCUCUUCAUUGUGGGGCGGGAGCACCGCUUCCGGAACUUUUGCAGGAUGAUUGUUCGAGCUCGCUUCAAUGCAUCCAAAACUGACCCAAUAACAGGAGCAGUGAAGAACACCAAAUACCACCAGCUGUACAAUCUUCUGGGCCUCGUCACCUAUUUGGACUGGGUUAUGAUAGUGGUAACCAUCUGCUCCUGCAUCUCCAUGAUGUUUGAAUCACCCUUCACCAGGGUCAUGCAUGUCCCCUCACUGCAGAUCGGGGAGUACGUGUUCGUGAUCUUUAUGAGCAUCGAGCUCAAUCUGAAGAUCAUGGCCGACGGCCUGUUUUUCACCCCCACAGCUGUCAUCAGAGACUUUGGAGGAGUCAUGGACAUCUUCAUCUAUCUUGUUAGUCUGAUCUUUCUGUGCUGGCUGCCUCCUGACGUCCCUCCUGAGUCUGGGGCUCAGCUGCUGAUGAUGCUGCGCUGCCUGCGUCCGCUCAGGAUCUUCAAGCUGGUACCCCAGAUGAGGAAGGUGGUUCGGGAGGUUCUCAAAGGAUUCAAGGAGAUUUUUCUGGUUUCCAUUUUGCUCCUCACACUGAUGCUGGUGUUCGCAAGCUUCGGGGUUCAACUGUUUGCCGGAAAGCUCGCCAAGUGCAACGACCCCCAUAUCCUUAAACGGGACGAUUGUCACGGUAUUUUCCGCAUAAAUGUCAGCGUUUCCAAAAACCUCAACCUGAAACUGAAGCCUGGAGAGAAGAAACCUGGUUUCUGGGUACCAAGAGUCUGGGCCAACCCUCGUAAUUUUAACUUUGACAAUGUGGGAAAUGCCAUGUUGGCUUUGUUUGAAGUGUUGUCACUCAAAGGUUGGGUGGAGGUCCGAGAUGUCAUUAUUCACCGCGUUGGACCGAUUCACGGCAUCUACAUCCACGUCUUUGUGUUUCUGGGAUGCAUGAUUGGACUCACUCUGUUUGUGGGCGUCGUCAUUGCAAACUUCAACGAGAACAAGGGCACCGCUCUUCUCACAGUAGACCAGAGGAGAUGGGAGGAUCUGAAGAGUCGAUUGAAAAUAGCUCAACCUCUCCACCUGCCCCCUCGCCCAGAAAACGGAGGUUUCCGGGCCAAGAUGUAUGACAUCACUCAGCAUCCCUUCUUCAAACGGGGCAUUGCUGUGCUGGUGCUGGCACAGUCAGUGCUGCUGUCAGUUAAGUGGGACGUAGACGAUCAAGUGACAUUCCCUCUUGCCACCAUGUCUGUAGUCUUCACCUUUAUAUUCGUACUGGAGGUGACCAUGAAGCUGAUAGCCAUGUCUCCAGCGGGGUACUGGCAGAGCAGACGGAACCGCUAUGACCUGCUGGUUACAUCGUUGGGUGUCAUCUGGAUAGUCCUUCACUUCUCCUUACUGAAUGCAUAUACCUACAUGAUGGGCACAUGUGUGAUUGUCUUCAGAUUUUUUACAAUUUGUGGGAAGCAUGUGACUCUGAAGAUGCUGCUGCUGACCGUGGUAGUCAGCAUGUACAAGAGCUUCUUCAUCAUCGUGGGCAUGUUCCUCCUCCUCCUCUGCUAUGCCUUUGCUGGCGUCGUUCUCUUUGGAACUGUUAAAUAUGGAGAGAACAUCAACCGGCAUGCCAACUUCUCCACAGCAGGCAAGGCGAUCACCGUUCUCUUCCGUAUUGUCACAGGGGAGGAUUGGAAUAAAAUCAUGCAUGACUGCAUGGUGCAGGCCCCAUUCUGCACCCCAGAUAAACAUCGGUACUGGGAGACUGACUGUGGCAACUACGCAGGAGCACUUAUCUACUUCUGCUCUUUCUAUGUCAUUAUAGCAUACAUCAUGCUCAACCUGCUAGUAGCCAUCAUCGUGGAGAACUUCUCUCUGUUCUACUCCACCGAGGAGGACCAGCUGCUGAGCUAUAAUGACUUGAGGCACUUCCAGAUCAUCUGGAACAUGGUGGAUGACAAACGGGAGGGUGUGAUCCCCACAUCCAGGGUGAAGUUCCUGCUUCGUCUGCUCCGAGGCAGGCUGGAGGUGGACCUGGACAAAGACAAGCUGCUGUUUAAACACAUGUGCUAUGAGAUGGAGCGACUGCACAGUGGAGGGGAUGUGACCUUCCAUGAUGUGCUCAGCAUGCUGUCAUAUCGCUCAGUGGACAUUAGAAAGUCUCUCCAGCUGGAGGAGCUGUUGGCCAGGGAACAGUUGGAGUACACCAUUGAAGAGGAGGUUGCCAAACAGACCAUACGCAUGUGGCUCAAGAAAUGCCUCAAACGCAUCCGUGCGAAGCAGCAGCAGUCAUGUAGCAUCAUCCACAGCCUGAGAGAGAGCCAGCAGCAGGAGCUGAGCCGCUUCCUCAACCCUCCCAGCAUAGAGACCACCUUGCCAAGUGAAGACCACAACGCUAACAACCCAGACAACCCCUCGCAGCCUGAGAUGAGUGGUCUCCAGCAGCUACUGAGCCCCACGUUGUCAGACAGAGGAGGCUACAGGCAGGACUCGUCAGACCUGGGGAGACCACAGAGGAAGCUGGGACAGUGGCGACUGCCUGCAGGUCGCACGAGUGUCAAGUCCAUAGUGUGCAAGAUGAACCCUGUCAACGAUGAGGCGUCCUCAGGGUCAGAGGUGAAGAAGUGGUGGACCCGCCAGCUGACUGUGGAGAGCGACGAGAGCGGUGAUGACCUCAUCGACAUGUAGAGAAUGAGCGCGUCCUGCAGUUUGUUUUUUCCCAGAUAAGCUGGGAAUUUCUUUCUUUUCCUCUUGCUCGCUCCUCAUCAGUGAAAACAAUGCUUUUUCUACUCUCUUUUUUCCGGCUUCACAACUGGUGAGAAAGUAUUGUAGGUUUUGCGUGCAGGUUAUGCAAUGAUACUUGCGUUGAGCAGCCGUUUUGAGAUGCAGUGACGAUUUCAUACCUCUGGGAUAGGUUUCACU